UCCAAGCCAACCCGAUCCGUGUUCCACCGAUCCCGUUCCCAAUUCCCUUCGUUUUCCUCUUCGACGUCUUCGAGCGUUGGAGGCCGCUAGGGUUGGUUCCCCGUCGGUACUCCUUCCCUCCUCCCAAGCAGGGACCGGCGAUCGGCAACGAGCGACGUUCCCGACCGGCGGUGCAAGCAUUGAAGCGCGAUACUAGAAAUUAUGCUUUUUAGGCUGGAAAGCUGGUUUUUAUCUUUGAGAAUUUGAGCAGAAUGUAAGUUGUUUUCAACUCUCAUGGGUGGAGCAUCCUAUGUGGUAUUGAUGUUCAGAUCAUGGCAUCUGCAAUAUUUUCCCACCUGCAAAACCUGUGGCCAUUCUCCAGAUUCAAGACUCAUGAUCUGAAAGUUUCCACUCGAUUGGUUUCUAGGCUUUCAAUUCCAGAACAGACAAAACAGUUUGUUUUUGCUCUUAGAGAACCUGAUUCCGAUGCUGUGGUUUAUAUUUUGGCUGUUAAAAACUUGUCGGAACAAUCUGCACUAGAUGCACAGUAUCUAAUUAAAGAAGUGCAGCCUAGAGCUGUAGUAGCUCAGAUUGACCCAUCAGCAUUGGACGAUAUCCAGGCCGAGGAGAAGUGCAUAAAGAAUAAUCAAUUAAACAAUGUGCCAACUUCAUCUUUUGAAGUGCUUAAGAGAUGCUUGGUAGAAAAGAUUAACAGCAAGCAGUAUGAAAACUUUGCUGGCCUCCAGAUCUUACAGGUGAUUUUUGGUGUUGGAUUAUAUGGUCAUUUAUUGGCUGCUAAGAGAGCUGCAGAAGAGAUUGAUUCACAUUUCCUGUUACUUGAGUCCCCAUACGAAAACAAAUGUAUUGCAACUGCCUCAGGCAAUGUGGAAAGUGGAAAACAAAGGUCAGGGUUAAACUUACAGACCAGUAGCUUGCUUCCUGGAAAAGUUACUCCAUCUAUCUAUUCAAAUUCUAGAAAAUUUAGCCUCACUGAUGCUCUUCUGUCACAGAUGGUUCAGUCAUUAACUUGUUCCCUUGAUUCAUUAAUUCCGAAAAGAACUUUGUCCAACUCAGUUUUGGAAGUGGAACCAGGAGAAUGCCGGCCAUUAAGUAGCUACCAAGCUCCACCAUUUGCGCAGUCUGUCUACCCCUUGCUCGCAGAUCUACAUGACAUAUUCAUUGACCUUCCAUCUAUUGGAAAAGCUCUGUUCUGUGCACAGAAAAUGCUUGCUAAUGUAAAUGAAGGCGAGACAGUUAGUACUGAAAUCUUAUCAAAUGUAUACGCCUUCAGAAUUGCAGUUGAAUGUCUAAGAAUAGCUUUAAAUAGUGCUGCGCGGUGCCCCAUUGACAGAAUAGAGAAUGACAACUCAACAAAGUUGCAGUUCUCAGAGCUCUCUUCUGAAGAGAAAUGCCAUGCCCUUUUUGCACAAGCUCUCAGGACGCAGGCCAGAAAGUUUGGAUCUGUGGUGGCUAUAGUUGAUGCAGGUUGCUUGACUGGUCUCAGGAGGCACUGGAACACAUCCUUGCCUCAAGAGGUUGCAGAUUUAGCUGAUGAAACCUUAGUACAUCAUUUUGAUGAUAAUCAUAGCAAUGACAAGGAAACUCUGAUGGAAAACAUGGAAAGAAAGCGGCUAUUAGCAGAUAAGCCUGUGGUUGCGGUUGGUGCAGGUGCAACAGCAGCUCUGGGCGCAUCUUCCCUAUCAAAAGCUGUUCCUGCCUCCACAAUUAUUAAGCUUGCAACAUACAACAUUCCGGCAUCCCUUCAAUUUGUCUUAGCCCAACUGCAGCGGAAAGCUGCUAUUGGACUCAGCAAGAUUCUUGGCCCAUCAAAACUUUCUGGGGUUGCGAGUGCUGUAGCCGAGACGUCAACCUUGAAGUUUACGGCAUCAGCUGAGAAGAUUCGUGCAGUGACGCACAGUAUGAUAGCCUCUGCAGAGAGGACUAGCUUGUUGGCAAUGCGGACAUCAUUCUACGAGAUAAUGAGGAGGAGACGUGCUCAACCAUUCAGGAUUGCACCAUGGGCCACCUUUGGUUGUAGUGUAGCUGCAUGCAGUGGGCUUCUGGUUUAUGGAGAUGGGAUUGAGUGUGUAGCUGAAUCUGUGCCAUCAGUUCCCAUGAUCGCCUCGUUGGGUCGUGGUCUCCAGGGCUUGCACCAGGCUUCUCAGGAAGUGAGACGGACAAAUGGCACAAAGAUACAAGAAGCUUUACAGUCUUUGAUGUACAGUUUAAAGAAAAUGAGGGCUCAGUGAGUAAGAUUUGAGAUGUUCUCAUUGCAAACCAAAAUUUGCAAAGGAAACCGUGCUUCAAAAUGUCAGCCAAGUGCAGUUUGUACCUCCACCUGUGGUGGGAAAUAGUGAAUACAUCUGAGCUCUUCUGAGCUUGCUAUGGUGGAAGAGCUUCAUUUUUGCCAUUAUAACUAGCAGCAGGUGAUGAAAUGAUAAAUAAAGUUUAUGAGAAGCAUUUUGUAUAGCAAUCUAUUUUUGUGUUUAAAGGGCAAUAAUGAUUUUUCAAAUUCAAUUAAUUGCUAGUAAAUAUUUUUGCUAUUCUCUUGCAUCAUCUUAAUGUCUUCUGGAUACUUGUAAAA